AUGGCAAGUCAAGACUCCAAGCCCGCCAGCAACAGCGGCCCUACACAAUGCGUCGGCCCUUUGUACCGCUCAGAGAGCCAGAAACCCACGGCAACCGUCUCAACUGAGGUCAACUCGGACAACGUUAUUGUCCUGCCCCAGACGCCUCAGCUCAUCGCCCUCCUCACCAUCAUUCGAGACAGAAAUACGGAGCGUGGUGACUUCAUCUUCUACUCCAACCGCAUCAUUCGCCUGCUCGUCGAGGAGGGUCUGAAUCACUUGCCUACCGUUGAGCAUGACGUGACUACGCCUAUAGGCCGGACCUACUCUGGCCUCAUGUUUCAGGGGAAAAUCUGCGGUGUAUCCAUCAUGCGCGCUGGCGAGGCCAUGGAGCAAGGAUUGCGGGACUGCUGCCGCUCCGUGAGGAUUGGCAAAAUCCUGAUCCAGCGUGACGAGGAAACGGCUCAGCCUAAGCUCUUCUACGACAAGCUGCCCGAGGAUAUUGCCCAGCGCUGGGUGCUCCUCUUGGAUCCGAUGUUUGCCACCGGUGGCUCAGCCAUCAUGGCCGUGCAGGUUCUCAAGGCCAGGGGUGUUCCCGAGGACCGUAUUCUGUUUUUGAAUCUCAUCGCCAGCCCCGAGGGUAUCCAGAACUUCACUGCCAAGUUCCCCAAGCUCAGGGUUGUCACGGCAUUUGUUGACCAGGGCUUGGACGAGAAGAACUACAUCAUCCCCGGCCUCGGCGAUUUCGGUGACAGGUUUUACACCGUCUAA